AAAGCAAGACUCACAUUAUCAACCAAAUUUGAACAGUAUGUCUUGCCCUCUCUCCCUUCUUCCUCUCCUCCUUGUGUUCCUGUGUUGGAUUUCGGCCGACGCCGUUGCCCAGAGCACCGUUGCAGAAUGCGGGCCGAGUUUGCUGCCUCUGGCCCCGUGUGCACCGUUCGUCCAGGGCACGGCUGCCACGCCAGUCCAGUCGUGCUGUGAUAGCCUCAACCGACUCUACAGCCAAAACCCCACUUGCAUUUGUGUAUUGCUCCAUGACAACAGUUUGUCUUCUUCUUUCCCAAUCAACGCCACACUUGCUCAUCAGUUACCCCUCCUCUGCAACCUCCACAUUGACACUUCUACCUGUGCAGGCAUAUCGUCACCUUCGCUUUCACCUCCGGCUCAAGUUUCCUUCGGAGCAAGGCCUAAUUCAACUGUUACAGCGUCUCCAGUAGUCGCAGCGACGCCCAGACCGAGCUUUGUGGGGUUCGGCUUUCAUCGCAAUGGUGAAGUGAGGGUGAAGGCAGAAGUUCAACUGUGGAUGCUGCUCAUUUUUACACUGCUGGCGAAAUAUGCUCAACUAUAGAAGUUAAGCUAAGCUAGCACUACAGUGUUCCAGUUUGCAGUCUACAUAAAUAUUUGAAUUCCUAUUCAACUCCAUAACAAAGUAGCAGUGGUCUGAAUGUGUACAAGUUGGGAUACAAGGGAACUAGGGCCUAAAUUGUUGUUGAUUUUUGCUUAAUUGUCAUACAAGUUGUUUGACUUGGUA